AUGUGGACCUCUGCCACUGUGCUGUCUGUUUUUCUGGUUGCAGCGUCUGUAUGUUGUAUCUGCAGCUGUGCAGAGUGUGCGUCAUCUGGACUGGUCUGUGAUUUCAAGAAGGACUGUGAGGAUGGAUCUGACGAGGAGUUUUGUGGGUCAUGUGACUUUGAGGCUCACUCGUGCGGCUGGAACAACACCGGGGACCAGCUUUACACCUGGAGACGACAAAUGGCCAACAGCAGCGUGGUACCUGGAUUCGACCACACUACAGGAACGCCGACAGGAUUUGUGAUGCAGAUUCAUGUGAAAGAAGGAGCCAGCAUGUUCCCUAAGGCUGUUUUAGAGUUCUCAGUUAACAAUGAGUUAGGUCUCGGAUGCUCAGUCAGUUUCUGGUACCACAUCUAUAACACAGAUACUUAUUCAAAACUGAAUAUGGUCAUGCUGAGAGGAUCAACUGUGAAAGAUCUGUUGUCCAUUUCAAAGAAGAACACAAAGGGAUGGGAAAACGCAACUGUUUUUAUUGGGAAUCAACCAAAAGGAUUCAAGUUGCAGUUUGUUUCCCCGCGCCCCUUCAUGGGCUCCAACAACAUAAAACUGGAUGAUAUCUUGUUUAAUAACUGUGCAAAGAAUGACAUACCCCCAGGUUCGGAUCAGUUGUCCUGUGACUUUGAGCAAGACACCUGCUCCUGGUACCACGACUAUUCAUCCAGCCUUGUGUGGACCAGGAAAUCUGACAAAGCGGAGAAGCCUGGUUACCAUAUGUCAAUAGAAGCAAAGCGUAAUCUGGAUAUCAAUUCAAGAGCCAGACUGGUCAGCUUUCCCCAAUCAACCGACCAACACCUCUGUGUCAGUUUUUGGUACCAUAUAUUUGGGAGCAGUAUAGGUUCAUUAAAGUUCAUCACUAAAUAUCCCGGUGAAGAAGAAACCGUAGUUUGGAUGCGAAGUGGGACACAAGGGAAUAAAUGGAGAUUUGCUGAUUUGACUUUUCGAAGUGACAAACCAAUACAGUUUAUAAUAGAAGCGGUAGUCGGGGGGACACAGGGGAGCAUAGCCAUCGAUGAUAUCGUGGUGUCCCGCAGCUCAAAUGGCUGUCCCGCAGAGAGAGAAUGCACCUUCCAGGGUUCUAUGUGCGGGCUUCAGACUUCAGCAGAGUUUGGUUGGACCAGAGUCAAAGGAAGUGCGCUGCCCGAAAAUUCUGCAGGACCAAAAACAGAUCACACACUGGGAACGGAUCAAGGGUAUUACUUGAGUUCCCAGCUGUGGAGCCUCACAACGGGCGCUAAGGCCUUAGUGAACACAACUGACAUGGGACCCACUGUGGCCGAUGGAGAGUGUCUCAUGUUCUGGUACCACAUGGAGGGACCGGGUGUCGGGGAGAUAAAUGUUUACGUUCAUCCCAAUGACAAUACGGAAAAGCUGAUCCCAGUGUGGAGUAGAAAGGGCGACCAGGGCAGCCACUGGAGACACGGGAGAGUCACGCUGCUCAGUCCGCAUCAGCAGUUUAAGGUGAUGUUCGAGGCCAUUGCAGGACAUAAUCCAAAAGGAAACAUUGCUAUAGAUGAUCUGAUUGUGUUAAAUGAUGCCUGCCCACCCGAAGGUUUUUGUGACUUUGAAAUGGACUUUUGUGGAUGGGUCAAUAGUCCACUUGCUGAGUCCGGACUAGAGUGGGACUGGCUCUCUGGAUCCUCUUCAGGAACCCAUGUCCCUCGACGAGACCACAGCCUUAACUCCCAAUUUGGGCAUUUUGCUUUUUUUGAAAUUAUGAAGCCUAAUCAAACUGCCCGACUGGAGAGUGAAAUGAUGGAAAAGGUGGACAGAGCCUGUUUGGAGCUCUGGCACUAUUCUUCAGACUGGAUAUUGCAACAUCCUUCUAAAAUCAUUCUGACUGUGCUAAUCAAUGAGAACGAUUCCCUGCGUGAGUUGUGGAGCAAAAACGGAUACCUGAAUAAUUCCUGGAUCCCGGGUAGAGUGGACUACAGAGCAGGCGGACGACACAAGAUUGUCAUUGAAGCCACUUGUCCGAGGUCUAAUUGCGGCAGUAUUUCUAUCGAUGACAUCCACAUUAUGAGAGACUAUUCGUGCGAUGGUUCAAUUCCUGUCCCCACCACAGCGGCUCCUCCUCCGACGACCACCGCUCCUGCCUCCCCCGUGGACUGCACUUUUGAACAAGGAUUGUGCAGCUGGGUUCCAGAUGUGAAUUGGAUUCGUAGUAAUGGACUUGACGUGGCUCACCCAUGGCACGGCCCUCAGUUCGACCACACAAUAGAAAAUAAUGAAGGGUUCUAUUUACUGUUCAAUGGAUCUGGGUCUGAAGACGAUGAGAAAGCCUCCGUCUCUGCCUCGAUCCCAGACAAUUUCUCAGAGUUUUGUGUUGAAUUUUGGUUUUUCAUGUUGGGGCCGACUGUGUCCUCAUUGGAGCUGUCCAUUCAGACUAAAUCUUCUGAAUUGUUGGUUUGGACUCGACAUGGCACCCAGAAUCAAAAGUGGAUGAAAUCUCAAGUAAAUAUUACUAAUAGUGAUAUAAAGAAGUUGAAGUUUAGCGCGUCUAGAAACCGCGAGAGCAGAGGAUUUAUUGCUAUAGAUGACAUUUUGGUGAAGAGAGGAGUUUGCCAACAUAAUGAUGUGUGUGGUUUUGAUUCGAGCUGGUGCAAUUAUGAAAAUGAUGUGAGCCACAACGGACGGUGGACCCGAAGAAAAGCGACAGAGAUGGAUCCAGAUCACACAUACAGGACGGAACAUGGUUUUUACAUCAGUGUGGAGCCAAAUUCAUCAGAAGUGGCUCAGCUCCUCACUCCGCUGCUCCCCGCGUCUGUAGAGAUGUGUGUGCGCUUCUGGUGA